AGAGGACGUGGUGGUUCAGCCGGAGGAAAAUUCCGCAUCUCCCUGGGUCUGCCAGUCGUAGCAGUCAUCAACUGUGCUGACAUUACAGGUGCCAAGAACCUGUUUGUUAUUGCCGUCCACGGGAUCAAGGGUCGCCUCAAUAGGCUGCCAGCUGCUGUUAUGCCAGCUGUGGUUAUACGUCAGAGAAAACCCCUAAGAAGAAAGGAUGGAUUGUUUCUCUAUUUUGAAGAUAAUGCGGGUUCAGCAAUUACAGGCCCGGUUGCCAAAGAGUGUGCAGAUUUGUGGCCUCGAAUUGCUUCUAAUGCCAGUUCUAUUGCAUUAAGUUUUAUGGAAAAAAAAAGUGCUACUGUGUGGGGGCUGACAAGCAUGGAUAAUGAGAAUCACAGAGAAAGGGUGUAUUACGUGAUAGCGUGA